AUGAAGUUCCGCAGACGCCCUGCGCCCCUGCUACUUCUGCUACUGCCAUCAUUGGCAUCUGUUCUAGUAGUUGCUGCCCGGGAAGAUUCCCAUGCAGUAGAACCACCAGUACCGUCCAGCACUGUCGAUCUCAGCAAGUCGAGAUUCGAGGUUGGAACAAAAGAUGCGCCGGUUGAUGGAAAGGAUGGCAAGCCACACGCUGGCCCUUGGGUCGGAAAAGACAACAGCAAAGCGCUCAACGAUGCAGAGAAGGAUUCAUCGAAGGACGACAAGCCAGAGGUGAUAGUGAUUGAUGGUGAGAAGAUACCUCAAUCCAAUGAUGGGGUAAUGGACGACCCGAGUCGAGAAAAGCCCAUCAAGGGUACAACGGGCACAGAGGGUGGAGUUAGCGAGAGGAAUAAGGCACAAAAAGCACAGGAAGGCCAGACAGGAGAGAAGGUCGAGAAGAAGCCGGAAUCACCGAAGGGGCCUCCUCCGCUACCCCAUAGUGAGCAGAUCAAAACCGGCAACGAAAAGAUGAAGGCUACGGUUGACAAGGAUGACGAUGACGGAGACGGUCUCGCCGGUCUAGAGGAACAGAAACCAGAUGAUCUCCCCAAGACGCCGAACAGUAUGCCUCAUCCUCUCCCCAAUUCUGCUCAGAAGGAUCAUCUUGACAUUUCAGAGUCCGGCUCUGAAACCUCCAAGCCAGGCCUAACUGAAGAAGAGGGCAACGAUGGUCUUAUUCAGCCUCUCCACUCUUAUGUUCUGUCACUCACAAUGAUUCUCUUCUCGGAGAUUGGUGAUAAAACCUUCUUGGUUGCAGCUCUCAUGGCAAUGAAGCACGACAGAUUGCUGGUAUUCUCUGCCGCGUUUACGGCUUUGAUCACCAUGACCGUACUAUCAGCGGUGCUUGGACAUACGGUUCCCACUUUACUGCCGAAGCGAUUCACAAAUUUCCUUGCUGCAGCGCUGUUUCUCAUCUUUGGUGGACGUCUUCUCAAGGAAGGAUUGGCAAUGGACCCCGGUGAGGGCGUAGCAGCAGAGAUGAAGGAGGUCGAAAUGGAACUAGAAGAGAAGGAGCAACAAGCCCGUCAACAAGGAAGAAGACGAUCCUCCAUUUCGCCUUAUGCUCUUGAGAUGGGCCUGGGUCGGACCAGCUCGAGGAAGUCGAGAUCUGGAUCCCGAAUUCCAUCGCCGCCACGAAGCCCAUCCUCGUCCCCAGAUCGUCCGCAGACUCCCCCUCGCUCAGCAGUAAAGGGGGUUCUGGGAGGCCUCAAUAACCUGCUCUCGCUUCUCCUGAGUCCAGCUUGGGUACAGACCUUCAUCAUGACCUUCCUCGGCGAAUGGGGCGAUCGCAGUCAAAUCGCUACGAUUGCUAUGGCUGCAGGUCAGGACUACUGGUGGGUAACUGGCGGAGCGAUAAGUGGACAUGCUGUAUGUACAGGCAUUGCAGUCAUUGGCGGGCGAGCCAUUGCCGGUAGAGUGAGCUUGAGAGUUGUCACAUUGGGCGGCGCGAUUGCUUUUCUGAUUUUCGGCGUUAUUUACCUUGCAGAAGCGCUGUACUUCUCUUGA